AUGAAGACCACAAGCAUCUUCGCUACCUUCGCUGCCCUAGCCGCUCUUCCCGUCCUCACAGCAGCAUACGGUCCUUACAAGCUUCCAGGAAACCUCUCAGAUGGUGUCCAUGAAGUCGACCUCCGAAGCGAAAACCCAAGCCCAAUCUUCAUCAGAAGCUUUACCGAAGAAAAACGUCAUGCAACCAACCAAAACAUGACAAACACGACUAACCAAUGGCUUGGAGGCGGCGCCGUCGCCCGUCAAACACCAAACAACAAAAAGUGGACCUUCCAACUACCUGACUCAACAAUCCACAACUGCUCAUGGGCUGAGAUCAACAGACAAGAUUACAAAUCAGCACGACAAGUAAGUUGCCCUCUCUACUCCCCCUUCCUGAACGAUGAGGCUUAUCAGAUGUUACAAUAGCAAUUAAACCCCAUCAUCGAAGAAGGAGGAACCAUCCACCCCCACAGAGCUCUCAUCAUCUCCCUUCGAGGAACUGUUAUCUACGUAUGUGCUGGAGACGCACCCCUCAAGUAAGUUUCCACUUCCACUCACAGAACCUUGAGAAGUGUACUGACCCAACUUAUAGAUUACGAAUCGAAGAAUUUAACGUCAUAGAUGAAUAUCAUACUGCUUUCUGCGAUGACCCGGACUUCAACAAGAGCUAUGUGAGCUGGGUGGUUAUCAAGGAAUGGCAACGCAGCUAUGGAAGGACGAAUGAUGGUCAUGAGAUUUGUGGCCACAAGAAGACGCCGGAUAAAUUGAUCUGUCCUCUUAAAGCUUGUCAUGGUCAACCAUAG